AUCCGAGGCCGAAACGGUAACGCAUGCAUGCAUGGCCCGGCUGCCAAAUAUGCAGCGUCUGCGCUGUGACCAACUGUGCAACCAGAGCAUAGCAGCCUAAACUUGUCUCUACCAUCUCCUAUAAUUUUCCACCGUCGCUGUGACCAACUGAUGCUCCUCUCUUCGUUCGGACGCCUCCCCGUCCCCAGCUAGCCGGCGGGACAUGAUGCCGGCGCCGCCAGGCAACGUGGACGGGUCGUCCCCGUCGCACCUGCUUGAGGUGACCGUCAUCUCGGCGCAGGACCUGCAGCGGCGGCGGCUGGGCCGGCGCGUGCGCGCGUACGCCGUGGCGUGGGCGGACGCGAGGCAGAAGCUGCGCACGGGCGUGGACCACGCGGGCGGCGCCGCGCCCACGUGGAACGACCGGUUCCUGUUCCGCGUCGACGGCGCCUUCCUGCGCUCCGAGACGGCGGCGGUGACCGUGGAGGUGCGCGGCGCGGGGGUCCUGGGCGGGGACACGGUGCUGGGCGUCACGCGCAUCGUGGUGAGCACGUUCGUGCGCCCCGCCGGAGGCGCGCAGGUGGCGGCGCUGCAGCUGCGGCGGCCGCGCUCGCUCCGCCCGCAGGGGAUCGUCAACGUGGCCGUCGCGCUGCUGGACGCCGCCCGCGCGCCGCCGCUCGACGGCGUGCCUGGCUCGCCCGACGCCGUCGCCGUCAAGGACCUCGUGAUGCGGCGCCCGGCGGCGCCGCCGCUGCGCAAGGUGGGCGAGGCCAGCGAGGCCAGCGAUGAGCCGGAGAUGGGCGUGGACGAUGGGCCAGCGCAAGGCGACCAAGAGGCGCGAAACAACCCGGAGCUGGUCGGUCAGUCCGGGCACCUGGACCCCAGGGGCACCGCCGUGGAGCAGAGGAAGCUGGAGCUGACGCUGGCGAAGUGGAAGGCGGAGAUGUGGCCUGGCCUCAAGGAAGGCCGGCGCAGCGGCAGGCGGAGGCGGCGCCGGGCGGCGUUCUGCUUUCGGGGCAGCGGCGACUGGGACAGGUAGCAGCAGAGCAGACAGUGGCCCUGUUUGUUUCAGCUUUUUGGAGCUUCUGGCCACCAAAAGCUGCUGCGGACUGCCAAACGCUUAGCUUUUCAG